CACGCAUAAAAAGGAAAAGGCACCAAUGAAAAGAAAAGUUAACUUAAAUAACAAAUGACGCUCUCUCUGACCAACUAAUCUGUCGGUUGUUAUUAUCUUCUGUACGUUUGUUACCGGUUUCUUGUCGGUUCAGUGACUUCUAGCACUGAUUCUUUACCCGGUUUGGUACAUAUUACACCCUACUCAGCCAAAAAAAGGUAAUACGUCGCUUGACAAAACAUCAAAUUUGAUAAUCAGACCUGGUGAAAAGAAGAUUAAUUUUGGAGAAGAAAUUAUCUUAUAUCUACCGGAAUAAAUAUUCUGCAGAAAUAGAAAAACAGUGUUUAAUUACUUAUAUCUUUUAAAAUAGUGAAUUUUGAUUUGAAAUCAGAACUUUGAAAACUCAGUAAACAUUACAGCAUAUAAGGAAAGGAGUAUUAGAAUGAUGUGAAAAUGUCUUAUUUGAAGCUAAAACUGAAUAUUUAGGAAAUCAUAAUCUUAUAUCUAACUCGCAAGAAGUGACGAAUUUCGGACGAAACCUUUUGAACAAUGUCACGUUCAGCCUGUGCCUCUCCUUGUUCAGCAGACGAAGAGGAAUCAAUUAACGUUGAAAAAUGUGAUUCAGACGAAGAGCAGACGACAGGAAGCAAAACAAUUGACAAAUGUCCAUUACAAAAACCAGAAAAUUUAGUGUCACCAAAUAAGUGUAAUAAUAUUGACAAUACAUUUCCUAGUCCGCCGAGAAGAUCUUUCUUUAUUACAGACAUUUUAUCAGAUGCUAAUAAAAACACUGGAAACCUCUCAGCAUUCAAACCUCUACGGGUACCAACAAACUUUUUCUCCUCACAAACAUUAUCAGCGUCAGAUGAUCCGUUUAGAAGAGGAUUACAGUUAGGACAGUUUAAAGGUCCACAUGGUAUAGGUCUUGGGAAAUCUUGUUCGGAAAGUGUCAAGUCAGAUGAAUCGGAAGAUGAUGACGACGAUGAUUGUGAAGAUAAGAAAGAAAGUGGAGACGAGGAAUCAUCCUCACAUUUAAUGAAAACAAAGAAACCAAGAAAAGCACGAACUGCUUUUACUGACCACCAGCUCAAUUCACUGGAAAAAACGUUCGAGAAACAAAAGUACCUCAGUGUGCAGGAUAGGAUGGAACUUGCUGCUAAACUCAAUCUGACAGAUACACAGGUCAAAACGUGGUAUCAAAACAGAAGAACAAAAUGGAAACGACAAACUGCAGUUGGUCUUGAGUUACUUGCUGAAGCUGGAAAUUAUGCAGCAGUUCAGCGCAUGCUCCAAAGCAAUCCGUACUGGUUUACAUACCACCCACAAGCAACUAGUAUAAUCUCCAAUUUUGACGCUCUAUAUUACCGCCAGGGGGAAUCAGCUUUGACGUCACCACGACCUACACUUCCCCGGAUGUUCAUUCACGGGAUACAGCAACACGUUAAUCACCUGAGCACACCGCCAGUUUUUUCACCAGAAAACAGAAGCUGAUCUAAUUUUUGUAUUCAUAAAUUAACAGUUUAAUUAACUGGUUUGCGCUGUAUAGAGCUCCCGUUGUUCUGAAUGAUUCAUUGGUGUAAACUGGUGUUUAAUGUGAUUGGCUGGUAUCCAUUGAAAGAGAGCACUUUUUAAUUAUGGAAUUAAUUUUCUAUAGUAAUAUAUGGACUCAUUUCAGGAAUCUGUAUCGAGACAAUGUGUGCAAUAUGAUAAAACAAUAUAAGUUAUAAACAGUAACCAAAUCUUAUUUUGCGUAUGUAUUUUGUAUAUUCUCACAUGCAUU